UACCUCGACAGUUCGCUCUGAGCCUCCCACUCUCGUCAUCUGGACGUGCAUCUUUAAGGGGAAAAACUGUGAGGAGAGAACUUUUUUUCCAUUGUUCCACUCCUCGACGUUCACCUCCAUCUGCCGUAAGUCAUCACAGAGAAGUGGAUAGUAGUAUGAAGCAGAAGCUGCUAGCCAUGGGGCGAACGCUUUGCCCCUCAUCUCGUGCAGAAUCCGACCUGGAUCUGAAGGCUCCAGCGGGCACUGCUUCAGGUCCUCAAGGUCAGGGACAAAAGAUGGUCAUGAGGAGGGAAAUCUCUCUGGCCAACGGCAUCUGCCUCAUCGUGGGCAACAUGAUCGGCUCAGGCAUCUUUGUGUCCCCCAAGGGUGUGUUGCUCUACAGCAGCUCCUACGGGCUGUCCUUGGUCAUCUGGGCUCUCGGGGGCAUGUUCUCUGUUUUCGGUGCACUGUGCUACGCCGAGCUGGGGACCACCAUCACCAAGUCUGGUGCCAGCUACGCCUACAUCCUGGAGGCGUUCGGCGGAUUCCUGGCCUUCAUCCGCCUGUGGACCUCCAUCCUGCUGGUCGAACCGGCCAGCCAGGCUAUCAUCUCCUUGACUUUCGCCAACUACGUGGUAGAAGCUCUGUACCCAACCUGUCAGCCGCCGUAUGACUCAGUCAGACUCAUCGCCGCAGCCUGUCUCUGUAUGUUGAUCUUCAUAAACUGUGCCUAUGUGAAGUGGGGCACACUGGUUCAGGAUGUCUUCACGUACACCAAGAUCAUGUCCCUCAUCCUCAUCAUUACAAUAGGCUUCACAAAGAUAAUUACAGGGGAAGCUAAAAACUUCGAUAGUCCAUUUGAAGGUUCCUCCAUGGAAGCCGGCAGCAUUGCAUUGGCUCUCUACUCAGCCCUGUUCUCCUACUGCGGCUGGGACACACUCAACUUCGUCACUGAGGAGAUCGUGAACCCAGAGAGGAAUCUGCCUCUAGCCAUUGCCAUCUCUAUGCCAAUAGUGACAAUCAUCUACCUGCUGACAAACGUGGCAUAUUAUGUGGUGCUGGACAUGCCUUCGUUUAUGGCCAGCGAUGCGGUUGCAGUGACAUUUGGGAAUAAGGUGCUGGGGCCCAUGAGCUGGAUCAUUCCACUAUCUGUGGCUAUGUCCUGUUAUGGAGGACUGAAUGCCUCUGUCAUCGCUGCCUCAAGGUUGUUCUUUGUGGGGGCGAGAGAGGGUCACCUCCCAGACAGUCUCAGUCUGAUCCAUGCUACCCGCUACACUCCUAUUCCUGCACUUCUCUUUAAUGGCAUGAUGGGGCUGAUCUUCCUGUGUGUGGAGGAUGUGUUCCAACUCAUCAACUACUUCAGCUUCAGCUACUGGCUGUAUGUUGGCCUGUCUGUGGCCGGCCUCAUCUACCUUCGCUACACACAGCCAGACAGACACAGGCCUGUGAAGCUUACUCUGCUCUUUCCAUUCAUCUAUUGCAUGUGCAGCCUGUUCUUAAUCAUCGUGCCCCUCUACAGUGACACAGUCAAUUCCCUCAUAGGGAUAGCUAUCGCACUGUCUGGUGUGCCAGUGUACUACUUGUGUAUUUACCUACCAGACGAAAGGAGGCCAAGAUGGGUCAGCCGACUAAAUGCCGCGGUCACCAGAUAUACUCAGAUCAUGUGCUGCUGCUGCCUGACUGACCUGGUGGUAGAUACAGAGAACCUGGCGGAGAGCAAGACUCAGUAAUCUCAAUUGUAGACUUUUGAUAUCAAAGGUAUUCGAAUGGUUUUGAGCUUCCAGAAGUGGACGUGAACAUUUGGGACUCUG